UAUCGGCGGCGUUCCGUGGUGAGAAAUCUGUCACCAAAUGAGAAAUCGACAGCUGGGAACUUCAAGGUCCCCGGCAGCUGGCGGCAGUCUGCAUUUGGAUGUUGAGUUUGGAAGAUUUGAAUUUUUCGGGUGAAAUGUGGAAGUUAUCUUCGUUAGGUUUGAUUCUGUCGACCGUGUGCUGGACGUUUACGAAGUUGUCUGGAAGCAGUUCGGAGCGGGAAGCCUUUAGUGAGAUGGACAGCAAGCUGCUGGCACGGGCUAUCGGUGAUCAAUUGGAAGUGAUGGUGAAUGGAUCUGGCAGUCCUGUGGUGGGUAGAAUAUUAUCAAAAUUGUCCAAGAUUUGCCAACCAGUCAGCCAGCCAAUCCUAAUUUCCCAAAUCAACAUUCCCACACAUUCAGCCAUACACAGUACCUUCACGACCACUCCGCCGACGUCAAACGACUUUCCCCUGCCGCACGACCAACAACCGCCUUCCGAGCGGUUACGCUUGCGUGACUUGAUCGGGAGGAGUCAACUGCAGUACAUCGACUACAAGGUGGAAUACGGUCUUCGCUACGAUCCGACCGUGUUUGCAAAUAAAUUCAAACGGCAACAACCACAACGAGAACAACAACACUUCUCACCCUCUCUAAUCACCACCACCGCUGAAAACGGUACUUUGACGGUGAAAAGUGAUAACGCCACUACAUUCACCUUCGCUGACUCCGAGCUGACGGCGGCGGCGGCGGCGUUGGCGACGAUCAGCAACAGCAGCGGAAAUAUCAUGAGACCACCAACUCGAGUGGAAAGCGCAUUCGAGCUGCUCGGUGAGCGACUGAAGGUACUCAUCCUGAACAGCUUGGUACCGAAUUCUACCGAAAGCAGAGUUAUCCAAAAGUUGAAAUCACCGCUGACUUUGUUCAGUUUGUUCAAUGUAAUCAAAUUUGAGAAUAGACCGUGCAUAGCUCGGCGCGAACAGUUGGCUACAUUCUAUGGUAUUUGCUAUCACGAGAUGGAAUGCAGCCAGCUGGGAGGAGUUCCCAUGGAUCUAUGCGCCGGAGGGUUUGGAGUGUGCUGCGUCUUCCAACUGGGGUGUAACGAUCAAACCGCGCAGAACAUCAGCUACUUCCAGAGUCCCAACUAUCCAGCUGCGAUGCGGACGAAGCUCACGUGCAGUUUCACCGUGGCCCUGCGAUGGAACGUCAGACAGGUGCUGUUGGAGUUUAUAUUCUUCGAAAUGGGACCACCCACGGAGGGAAACUGCCUGGAGGAUCAGCUAAUUAUAUCCGUUCAAAAUGGCUAUUUAAGAUACCCCAUUCUCUGUGGCGUCAACAGUGGACAACAUUUGUACCUUCAGAUCGAUCGAGAUUAUUCACAUUUCCUGUACUUGACGGCGGUAUCGAACUCCAACGAGCCAAAGGCAUUCAACAUCCGAAUAACACAGCUCACAACACCGGAAGCUUCCGAUGGGUGUUUGCAGUACCACACAGGCAUUAACGGGUACAUCAAGUCGUUCAAUUACGAGGACCAAUCGGUGGUGGUCACCAACAGGAAUCCCAGCUAUUUGAACAACCUCAACUACGCAAUCUGCAUCCGACGAGCCCCCAACUUCUGUACCGUUACGUUUGAAAACAUCGGCGAUACUGGCGAAGAAAACCAGUUUCAGAUAGUCAAUCAAGAUGAAGAUGGCGUCAGCUUAAUUCGCCCGGGCACGGCCGGAGUGGAGAUCUACAACUGUCCGGACGAUUACAUCGCCAUCAACUACCUGCGGCUGUGCGGCGAACGCCUGAACGAUGGAGCCAGUAUCGAGGAUUACACCCGGAACAGUCCGGUGAUGGAGGACAGUGCGGGACCGCUCGUGGUAGCGGUUCGUUCCAACGACGAAACGGUUGGCCGCGGAUUUAAACUGAGAUAUCGACAGGAGCUUUGUCAGAAAGGUUGA